ACGACAUACAUCAAAUCAAAUCAAAUAUAUCUCAUGAUCAAACACUCUCAUACAGAAAUGUUAAACGGCUGGACUGGGUUAAAAUAUAAAAGAUUAAAAAGAAAUAUUAUGGGUGGCUGUCAUCAGUUCGGGAUAAGGUACAGAUAUGGAAACAGUUUCCGUUUUGAGAAACAGUUUUUGUUACUGUGGACAGUUUUUGUAUUCGGAAACUUUUUUUGUGAGAAAAUUGGAAACAGUUUCCGAAUACGGAAACCGAUUUCAGUGUUUCCGUUUUCCGCAACCGAUCCUGGGUUUCCGCAUUUUAGUUUUUCGACCAAAAGCUAAAAAUAUAAUAUAUGGAACCAGGGUGUAUACUUCAAGGGUUCUUUGACUAUUGAAGUCUUAGUAAAUUUACCCCCGUCUCAAAGGUAUUUUACCCCUAGCGAAAAGUUUUUUCAUUAUCCGACCCCGCACCAGCCAUGAAAAUCAGAUCCAAUCAAAAUGGCGGACGAGAAAGACCACGCUGGAAGUUCAGGUGAGUUUUGUUUUGUUUAUAAUUUCUUCUAAAUUCGGAAUUUUUGUUUUUCGUUAGCUAGUUGACUUAUGUUUUAAAAGAGUUUUUUCUGCUGCGGGGUUGAAAAGGCAUUUUGCAAAGACACCAGUACUGAAGGAGUUAUUGAUUAUAUUACUGAGAUGCUUUGAAAUAGUUGGUGCAAUUAUAAGUUGUCCAACAUGCUGCCAUAUUGUGAGAUGUAAUCAUAUUGUGAAGCUGUAAAUGUUUUUACUCAUUAACUACUUGGCAAUUAUCGCAAAGUUCGAUUGCGGUAUGACCUAGCAAGGAUCAGUAAAUGAACAAUGAGUAGUAGCAAGAUGAAUUAUGAACAACUAUGGAUGGCCUACCAAAUUUCAGUUCGUUUUCAACAACACAAACGGGAAGGAGAAUAUUUUUGCCAAUAUCUAUUGGAAGAAAACUUUGAUAGAGUAGCAAAAAUAUUUGAUAGAGAGUUUAGACGAGAAGAUGCGGUUUUAGACUGUAUUUCUGAAUGGCUGCUUCACACCAAUUACAGUGAUAAAACAGAAACAGCACUCCAAAAGGUCAAUGAAAGUUUAGAGAGAAAUGGAACACUAAAUCUUUUGAUGGACAUGAGUGAUUUGCAAAAGCAUCCUUUUCAUCAUAUCAAAGCUGAUUCAGUUCACUUGGAGAAAAUAAUUCGAAAAGAAAUGUAUGAAAAGAUAUCAGCAAAUGCAAUCACACAUGCGAGAGAAAUAGCACAUUUUCUACUCCCGUACAAUCAAAUAAGUACAAUUUAUGAAAAUUAUCCCAAUGACAUUCAACGUGUUUUACUGACUGUGUUAAAAACAUGGGAUGUCUCAACCGCAACUCCAAGCUGGAGUCAUCUGAAAUCUGUUUUGGAACUAUUUUCUCUGGAAAAAUUAAUACAUGAAAUUGAAGAUAAAAUACUGAGGGGCUGUACUGGCUCUUCUUCUGUCAACAUACCAAGCACUCGCACACACAAAGACUUUGAAGGAAAUAUCAUCUUGACGUUAACCUUGUCCAUACCUAACAUAAAAAUUCAAAGUCAUUCAGAAGAAGAAAUUAAAAACCUAAACGAAGGAUUGGAUUAUAUUACAGAAGAAUCGUCUGAGACAGGGAUGAGGAUAAAAGUUUUCAAAACAAAUGGCGUUCCUAUUGACAAGUUAAAAAUAUCAACACUGGAUGAUACGAAAUUACAUGUUUUGAUCGAAGAUACUCCUCAUCUUCACACCAAUGAAACUGAAAAAAUCCGAAUUGUGACGCAUGGGUAUGAUGAUAUUUUAAAAUUUAUCAAAAAAAUACAAAAUAUCGUGGAACCAACUGAUGAUGUUGAAUUUAUAUCAAAUGGAGGAGAGCAUAGAACAACUGUUACACGCGAGGAAUGGUAUAAGUUAUGUUGGGAGUAUAUUCGUACCUAUUUUUCUUUAAAAGAUGCAAAACACAUAAUAGAAGCUAUACAAUUUCCACCAUACAGAAAGGGAAACAAGAUAUCUGAGUUAGCUUACCUACUCAAAAACGCUUUAAUGGAGAAAGAAAAAGUUGGUGUAAUCACAAAUUAUAAUACUGAUGAUCAUCUAGAAUUUUUAAAGAAAGAUAGAAUGUCAAAACUUGGAAAUUAUCAAAAAAGAAUACUAGUUAUUUAUCCUAACCCUGUAAUUUUCUUCAACAUCAGAUAUACAGAGUCUAAAAGCUUAUACGAUUUGGAAGACGAAAUAGGGGCUGGUGAAAAUGAUAUCAAAUCUUUGCUUAUUCUGAACAAAACCCUACUGAAACUUCAUCAAAAACUUUUCUUUAACAUUAUUGCAGCACCGAAUCUUGUCCAUGGUGAAAACUCUUUAAUCUGUGGAAAAUGUCUGAUCAUAUACAAGAAUGACUUGAAAGAUGUGGAAAACUUGAAAGUUUGGUUCGACAAAAUUUUACUAAAACCUUGUCAAGACCUAAAAAAUAGUAAUGAUAGUAAUUCAACAUUUAUGAAAGUAUUAAGCAAUAUAUUUGGUUUUCUUGCGACGAGAAAAACGAUUAGAAGUCACGUACCAGCAAUAAAAGCUCAGCCAGUGGAAAAAAUUCAAUCGCUGAUGUUGAAUACUGAGCAGCUGCAAAUAUUGUACAGUAAUGAAAAGAAGAAAAUCAUAUUUGGUAAUUUUGGUUCUGGUAAAUCAUUAAUAGCACUUUAUCAGAUUAAAGAUCUUGUUGAAUUUGCUGACAAAGCAACUGUAAUAUUUUAUAUUUGCUGGGAAAUAAAUAGUAUGUUAGUCAAUGACGUAAAAACAUUUGUUCAAACCAUUACAUCAAAUGAUUUAGUAAAAAUCCAUGUAUUUAGCAUUAGUGAAAUGUGUGAACAUUUAAAUCUUACAAGUGUACCUUCGUUAGCACUUCUCAUUACUGAGUUACUUCGAAAGUAUGCAGAAACAGUGAUUCAUCUAAUUGUUGAUGAAUUUAAUGGUGAGCAGCUUAACCUUACUGCAGCGAAAGAUUUGAGAAAAACACUGACGAGAAAGGAAUUGACAGAUUCUUUUAUCACCAUAUUGCCCCAUUCUCUAAGUAAAAAACGAACUUUUGUCUACAACGGAAAAGAAGAGCCUCACGAAAACUAUCAAUUUAACAAAACAGAUAUAAAAAUUUUUAGGCUAACCAAAUGCAUGAGAACGACAGAAAAUAUUUUCAAACUGACCAAUGCUAUUGAAGAUAUAUUAUGUAAAGAGCGUACAAAAAUAUAUCAACCAAAGCGACCAAACCUAAUGAAAGCAAACACACCAGAAACUGACUCAAUUCAAAUAAAUCCAAGGAAAAAUGAAAAAACAACGACCCAAGAAUCAAAUGAACUAAGAAUACCUAAAAGCUCAUCUGGUGGAACUGAAACUCGCGUUAAAGAGUCUGAAAUGGCAUCAAAAAGACCUAGCACUGAUGGAGAUCAUAAAUCAUCGUUUGAAACACCAAUUGAUUUAGAUGUUGUUGCGGCCAGCCUAUCUCAACUUCCACUGGACAAGUCUAAGAAGACAGUAACUCAGUUUUAUUAUCCUGAAACCAGCUGUAUUGGUCACAACAUAACAGGCAGUGUUCCAAGAUAUGUGACAUUUUUAAAUCAAAAUCAGUCGCACAUAAAACUAGAACAUGACUUAAUUUCAAAAUUAGCCACCAUACUUGAAAAUUCAUUUGCUUCGGUCAAUACAAGACGGCUUGUUCUGUGCAACGAAUACUUACAUUAUUUUGUGAUGAAAAAUGUCCUUAUACUUCUUAACGUUGAUUUCAUCGAAUUCAUCGAAUAUUCUAAAUGGCAACCAAAAGAUAAAAAUGGAGUGCAUGUGGCUUAUCCUUUCCAGAGUCAAUGCACGUUGACAAACUACGCUGGUUGUCGUGGUAAAGAAGCUGAUCAAGUUGUGAUGUGUAUUGAUCCAGCUGCUCGUAAACUUAAGCAUUUAGCGCUUGAGUGUAUGACGAGAAGUCACUCAGAGUUAAUUAUUCUUGGAAUCGAUGCUGGUAAGGCCGCUACAUUUGGUGAGAGAUGGUUACCGUAUUGGCUUCAGAGAUUGUGGUCGGGAGAAGAAUGCUUUGCUCAGAUCUUCGAUGUUAUUAAGAAUAAAAAACUUCUUGAAUGUGAACAAUGGAGCAGUGUCUCCAUGGAUAAAGAUGCUACCAUAAUAUCUGAUAGUUGCCAGAUAAACAUCUGUUCCAAGCAAUACAUUAAAACUGCUUCAAACUACCGAUUCCAUUAAAAAUUUGAAGUGUUUGUACAAGAAUGAAAGGACAUGUUCGUUAGCUUGGAAAGCUGAAGGUUUCACUUACAUUGUACGUGCAAAAGAAACGAACAGUAACAGUGACUGGUAUGAAGUAUGUCGAACUCGUCAAUCACCAUGC